AUGGAUUCUUUUUGUGUUUUCCUUUCUGAAAUUUGUACUGCAAAUGAAAACAAUUUGCUUUAUUCAUCAACAGUUCAGACAGAAACUACAGCUUUAUUUUUACAAAAAAUAUGUCAAGUUACCUGUAAUAAUAACCAAACAUUUUUACAAAAAUUGUGUAUUUGGUUAACUAUUAAAAAACAUUUUAUUUUGUGUAGCACAAACUCUCCAACAAAAACAAUUCCAACAGAAAUAAAUCGUAGGGCAAUAGAUGUUAUUCAAGAAAUAUUAAAUAAUUUAUUGUUUCCAUCAGAAUUAGAAAAUUCCUUAAAUGGAUGGAAUUCCUUUUUAUUUUCUAUUUUUACUUUUAUUCUUCAAGAGGAAAAAGAAGAAAGAAAUUGUACUUUAGAAACUUGUAUUCAAAUUGGAAAUAUUUUUUUGAAUUUUGUGGAGCAAAACAAUUUUGAUUUGAUUGGGACUGGGUGGACAGAAUUGUUUGCUUCCUUGAAGGUAAAUAAUAAAAAAUUAUUCUAUAAUUACACUCUCAUCCCGAUCUCUAAUAGAUUUAUAAGCUCCGAGCUGAAGCGAAGAACCUAG